CGGACUGAGGACUUGUUGGGAGGCUAUAUACUCCACGUCCCCCCACCGAGGUACAUUUAAACACUACUGUGUGGCGCAGAGAGACGCGAGAGCGAGGGGGAAAGACGCACGCACACAUACGCACACACACUCUUCGGGCACGACAACAACACCUGAUACUCUCCCAUCGGGGACCGAGCAGACACUUCGGGCAUCCUCUUCUGUAUUGUUUGGGGGGCUUGUGUCGGAAAGAUUUUUUUUGUUGUUGUUGUUGUUGCGAUGUCCAACGUCCAGUUAUCGAGCAGCGCGCUGGAGAGGCUGGUGGCCAGGAGGACCUUCCCUCUUCACAGGCUCACCGGCGUCUGUCGCAACCUCUUCGGACCGGUGGAUCACGAAGAACUGGGCCAGGAGAUGAGAGCCAAGAUGCGGGAGAUUUCCGAGCGCGACCAGCAGAGGUGGAACUUUAAUUUCGAGACCAACACCCCGCUGGAUGGGGAUUACCAGUGGGAAGAGGUGUCCGCGGAUAAGACCCCGGUGUUUUACCAGGACUCUGUACAAAACGGCAGGAGCCGGGCGCCCGCGACGCCCGUCAAGCAGACGCCGCCCUCGGACUCCGUUCUCCCGGAGACGCCGCGUAUGGAUGUACUGGAGCGCUUGGCCGCGCCGGAGAGCAGCAGCACGCCCUGUCAGGUGGAGGUCAACCAGGAGAACCGCACGGACAAGCUCAACUCAGGGAAGCAGCCUCACAGACAGGUCCCGUGUGUUAGACGCAAGAGGGCAGCCACUACCGACAACAACACACAGAUCACAGACUUUUUCGUGAAACGAAAGAGGGCCGCGGACAAGACAUCUAACGACGCGAGCGCCUGCCAUCUCUCCAAGUCUCCGAUCCCGGUGGAACAGACCCCACGGAAGAGGAUCCGCUGAAGGUAUGAAGACUUAUCUCAUUCAACAAGCCUGGCUAGUGGCCUGGUUUAAGUCUAGUUUAAUGUGACAAUGCUGCUUUUGCUAUAAUUAAGUGUUCAUAAUGAUAAAUAUUAUGGGUUGUGUUUACGCUAUUUGCCGUUUUAUAACCAGUUAUUUAUGCCCCCCCCCCCGUUAAUUGUAAAGGAUUGCUUGGGCCAAAAAGCGCAGACAGGCUUAUCUGGGCGAGGGGGUGGGGAGAGCCUGCGAUGGUGAAAUCGCAGUAGUAGUGAUAGUAGUAGCUGUAGUAACACCAGCGGUUGGGGGAGGGGGGUGUGCGUCACGAUGUGGCGGGAAAAGGCUCGGGUAAAGGUUGACGCCUGCUCCUGAGGUUACAUUUCCUGUUUCCUCGGAAGGCUGACUCGCGUCUUUCUUCGAAAUGAAUUCUUCGGAAAACUUACACACUGUUUUCAUUCCUUCCUCAGGUCAUUUUUCUUUUUUUUUUUUUUUGUUUGAUUUUGUUUUUGUUUUGGGUUUUUUUCUUUUCUUUUUUUAAAUUUUUUUUUUUUGCACUAUUUGCCUGCGCAUGUUGGAGGAUCAAGGGGAAGGUGUUUGUCCUCGCCACUUCUUAAAAAAACAAAAAAAAAAAAGAAACGCUGGAGGAGGAGGAGGAGGAGGACGAGGAGGAGGAGGAGGACAGAAAACGGUGGACGGUGUGGGAUAAGGAAAAGCCGACCCGGGCGCGGAGAGCGGAGCCCGGACACCGGAGCAGACUCUCAGGACUGAACGGUUUGGGGGAGGGGAGGGGAGAGCAAAAGAGAGGAAAUUUCGCCGAAUGACUUCUAUCCAGUACAAAUGUAGCAUUCAUUAUUGCUUUUGCCUACAGCCACUCGACAGUGUUAAAUGUUUUAACAUCUGUGCAAUCCUAAAUUACUUUAAGAUAAUUGUCUACACUGGCCAAAAGUGUACAGCUUUAUAGAGACAAUAGCCUAUAAAUGUUUAUUUCUGUUCUGGUUUUUCUGUAAAUGUAUAUUUUUAAGACUAUUCUAACUUAUAAUUUAUUUAUGUUUCUUUAUAUUUGUUAAAUGCCUUGUUGAUUUAGCCAUAGGGCAUAUUUGUAUUUUAUUAUUUACAUUUUUUUUAUUGUGAUGUUUUGCAAUCAUGUAGCUUCCCCAUAGUCCACACUUGAAGAAUAGGUUUCUUUGUGUUUCUGAGCCGUUUUUUGUUUUGUUUUUUUUUUGUCUUUUUUGUUUUGUUUUGGUUUUUUUUUGUAUGGUGUGUUUUCAUACAAGUGCCCUCAUUAUGUCUUGCAAAAAAGAUGAGAAUAAAAUAUU